AUGAUGUCUCUCCGACCAAUGGCUGGGGCCUCUCGAUGGGCUGCCGCAGCUCGCACCACCGCCGCUCUCAAUGGCAUGAGACACUCAUCCAGCAGCUCGACCUCGGCCAUCGCCUACAAGGCUUUGCGACGUCGUUCGGCCCCUCUCCCUGUCUCCAACACUCCCCCAUCCUGGUCCGUUCAGGCUGCUGUCUCCAACAUCCUCUACGAGACACCCACACCAUCGGCUGAGCCCCCGAAGCGACACAUCCUUAAUUGCCUUGUCCAGAACGAACCUGGUGUGCUGUCCCGCCUCUCCGGCAUCAUUGCCGCCCGCGGCUUCAACAUUGAGUCGCUUGUGGUCUGCAACACCGAAGUGAAGGACCUGUCCCGCAUGACCAUCGUCCUUAACGGCCACGAUGGUGUCGUUGAACAGGCCCGCCGCCAACUCGAGGAUCUCGUCCCCGUCUGGGCUGUCUUGGACUACACCCAUGCCGCCCUCGUCCAGCGUGAGCUUCUUCUCGCCAAGAUCAACAUUCUGGGCCCCGAGUACUUCGAGGAGCUCCUCGAGCACCACAGGGAGAUGACUGCUGGCGCACCCGCUGAGGGCGAAGAGCCACAGACUCAGUCUUUGGAGGAACUCGCCAAGGAUUUCCACCCCAGCAAGCUCGCUGCUAGUGAAGCCUUGCGACACAAGCAUGAGCAUCUUAAGACCAUUACCUACUUCACCCAUCAGUUCGGAGGCAAGGUUCUUGAUAUUAGCAACACAAGCUGCAUUGUCGAAGUAUCCGCAAAGCAGACCAGGAUUGAUUCAUUCCUGAAGCUCAUCGCGCCUUUCGGUAUCCUCGAAUCUGCCCGGACUGGACUUAUGGCUCUGCCAAGAUCUCCCUUGCACGGCCCCAACGAGGAGCCAAUUAUCAAGGAGGCCGACGACGUUGUCGACGCCAGCCAGCUUCCUCCUGGUUAG